ACGGGAGGGCGGAGCGAGAGUCCGAGGGAGUCAUCUUUGCAAACAGAGACGAUCUCUGCGCAACGGCGCCGUGUUUACGGUAGACUGCAGACAGUCCGCGCGGGUACCUGCGCGUUAAUCUGCUAAACGAACUACCUGCGCAGCCAUCAAACGACGGGAAAACCUUAGUUAACCCACGGACUCAAUUCCACCUCGAUUUUUCUUCAUUUAGGAGGCGUAUUGGCGCUCUCACGACAACACGGCGCGUGGAUGAUGACCGGCUGAGAAGAAGGAGGAGGAGGAGAAGGAGGCUGCGGUCUGAAACCAGAUUUUACCCUGGAUGUUCCUCCCAGACGCGAUGCUCCUCGCACAACUAGGCUGCGUUUUAACGUAACAUGUCACGGUGUUUCCAAAUCCACCCCCCGUCUCCUCGUGCUUAAGGCGCGCGGCGGUCUGAGCCGCUUUUUGCCUCCCGAGGACCCUCCAGCAGCGGGACGCUGAAGGUUUUUUCUUUUUCUUUUUUUUUUUCUUCCACCAGAUAUGGAGCGUGAAGAUGUGGAUUAUAGAGGAUACCCCCGCUCCGCGCUAGUCGACACGCUCUCACCGCACACAUCGGCGUGGCUGAGUCUGUGGCGGGGGAAAGGGGGGCUAUGAGCAGCCGCCGCGUGUCCAGUGGGAGAAAUCGGUGAUUUUCGGAGCUCCCGUUGGGUUAGCUACCCCGCUAUUAGCUGUUAGCAUCAUUAGCCGGCUAGCAGCUAAAAGGUGCUGACCGCAGAUUAAAAAAAAAACGUUCCAACCGUCCCCCCCGGGCUUCGGCCCCCCUUCACCCCGGCACCAACUAUUUAUUUGCGGGAUUUGAGCGGGAUUUUGUGCUUCAGGAAUGAGGCCUCCAGUGGAAACGAGGCACUUGACCUUGUUUUGGGGUCUGAUGCUGGCUCUGUCGUCCUGCCUCCGGCCCGCCACCGCAAAGAUUUGUGGGCCCAGCAUCGAUAUUGGCAAUGACAUCAACGAAUUCAGGCUUUUGGAGAACUGCACAGUGGUGGAGGGCUACCUGCAGAUCCUCCUUAUUGGCGACAAAAAUAACAAUGCCAACCAGGAAGUCUUCCGCUCCCUCAGUUUCCCCAAGCUGACCAUGAUCACCGAUUACCUGCUGCUAUUCCGAGUGUCCGGCCUGGACAGCCUGAGCACGCUGUUUCCCAACCUCACCGUCAUCCGGGGUCGAAAUCUCUUCUACAACUACGCCCUGGUGAUCUUUGAGAUGACCAGCCUGAAGGACAUUGGGCUGUACAACCUGAGGAACAUCACACGCGGGGCCAUCCGGAUCGAGAAGAACCCGGAGCUCUGCUACCUUGACUCCAUAGACUGGUCUUCCAUCAUGGAUGCGGAGUUCAACAAUUACAUCGCUGGGAACAAGCAGUCCAAGGAAUGCAGCGACGUUUGCCUGGGCGUCACGGAGAACAACCCUCUUUGCAGAAAGGCGAUGAUCCGGAACAGCUACAGCUACCACUGCUGGAACUCCAAUCAGUGUCAGAAGGAGUGUCCUCCAAGUUGUGGAAGGCGAGCUUGCACCGCAGAGGGGAAGUGCUGCCACCCGCAGUGCCUGGGCAGCUGCACGGCUCCCGACAGCGACAUGGCGUGCGCGGCCUGCGUGCACUAUUUCCACCAGGGCCGCUGUAUGGCGGACUGCCCUCCGGGCACCUACCGCUUCGAAGGCUGGCGCUGCAUCAGUGCCAAAGUCUGCUCCAAAGUCCACCACCCAGACUUCGACACCUUCGUCAUCCACAUGGGAGAGUGCAUGCCCGAGUGUCCGUCCGGUUACACCCGCUCUGCCACCAACAGCAUGCACUGCACAGCCUGCGACGGUCUGUGCGAUAAAGUCUGCGACGGGAAGGUCAUCGACUCCAUGGAUGCUGCUCAGUCUCUCAAAGGAUGCACCGUCAUCAAGGGAAACCUGCACAUCAACAUCCGCAGAGGCCACAACAUGGUGGCCGAGCUGGAGAGCUUCACGGGUCUGAUCCAGAGGGUGACGGGUUACGUACGGAUCACCCACUCCCACACCCUGACCUCCCUGGCGUUCCUCCGCAGCCUCCGAUACAUCGAUGGAGAGACUCUACUGGAAGACAUGUACGCCUUCUCCGCGUUCGACAACCAGCAGCUCCAGUACCUCUGGGACUGGAAGCAGCACAACCUCACCAUAAAAACCGGAAAGCUCUUCUUCCGAGCCAACCCGAAGCUCUGCAUGUCCGAGAUCCGCAAGAUGUGGACCAAGACGGGCAUCCGGGAGCAUUUUCAGGAGACAGACUUCCGAAACAACGGCGACAGAGCCAGCUGUGAGAGCACAAUCCUGCGCUUCAAGUCCAACAGCACCCAAAGCACCAGGAUCAUCCUGACGUGGGAGCGCUACCGACCCCCCGACUACCGAGACCUCAUCAGCUUCAUCGUGUACUACAAGGAGGCACCCUUUCAGAACAUCACAGAGUUCGAGGGUCAGGACGGCUGUGGCUCCAACAGCUGGAACAUGGUGGACGUGGAGCUGCGGCCGGAGAAGGAGUCGGACCCGGGAGUCCUGCUGUCCGGCCUGAAGCCCUGGACGCAGUACGCCGUCUUUGUCAAAGCCGUCACCCUCAUGGUGGAGGACAAGUUCAUGCCCGGAGCCAAGAGCAAAGUGGUGUACAUCCGCACCAGCCCGUCGCCGCCCACCAUGCCUCGGGAUGUUCGGGCGUACUCCAACUCCUCCACCCAGCUGGUGGUCCGCUGGUUGCCCCCCGUCUCACCCAACGGGAACCGGACCUAUUACCUCGUAAGAUGGCAGCAACAGGCGGAGGACCGGGAGCUGUUCCAGCACAACUACUGCUCCAAAGAGCUGAAGAUCCCUGUAAGGAUUGCUGCCAAAGGGGUUGGAGACCAAGAGGAGGAGACGAAACCCACAAAGUCCGAUACCGAGGGGGCAAAUAAAGGCCCGUGCUGCCUCUGCCCCAAAUCCCCUGAAGUCCUGGAGGCGGAAGCGGCCGACGCGUCCUACAGAAAAGUCUUUGAGAACUUCCUGCACAAUUCUAUUUUUACGCCAAGACCGGCAGAUCGGCGCCGUAGAGACGUUUUUGGUAUUGCUAACUCCACUUAUGUGGGGCGCCACAAGUCCUUUAGCAACGCCAGUGCCGACCCCCCCCCCCACGCAGCCGGAAACGGCAGCGGCGGCGCCGAGCCGGAGCCAGCCGAACGAGAGUACGAGUUCCUGGAGCAGUCCGUGACGGAGCGCGAGCUGCAGAUCUCCGGCCUCCAGCCCUUCACCGUUUACCGCAUCGACGUUCACGCCUGCAACCGACAAGUCAAGGAGUGCAGCGCGGCCGAGUUCGUGUUCUCCAGAACCAAACCAGCCGGUCAGACCGACAGGAUCCCGUUCGCAUGCCGGUCUGUCGGAAAACGGCUGACGCUUUUUUUAAUAUUUGGUUCUACAGAGAAGGCCGAUGACAUACCGGGCCCGGUGACCUGGGAGGGCCACAAAGACUGGGUGUUUCUGCGCUGGCCCGAGCCGACCCAUCCCAACGGGCUCAUCCUCCUCUACGAGAUCAAGUAUAAACUGGCUGCAGAGAGCGAGAAACACGAGUGCGUAUCCAGACAGCUCUACCAGACUCAGCAGGGGAUCCGGCUAACCAACCUCAGUCCAGGAAACUAUUCAGUCAGAGUGAGAGCCACGUCAUUGGCCGGCAACGGCUCCUGGACGCCGUCACUGGACUUCUACGUGGCUGAAAGAUACGAAACGGCGCUGUACGCCAUGAUCUUCGUUCCCAUCCUCAUCGUCGUCUUGAUCAGCUGCAUGGUCGUCAUGCUGGUCGCCCUCAACAGGAAAAGGAACAGCGACCGGCUUGGAAACGGAGUCCUGUACGCCUCGGUGAACCCGGAAUACUUCAGCGCCGCGGAAAUGUACGUACCAGACGAGUGGGAGGUGGCCCGCGAGAAGAUCUCCCUGUGCCGGGAGCUGGGUCAGGGGUCGUUCGGCAUGGUGUACGAGGGCGUGGCCAAAGGCGUGGUCAAAGACGAGCCGGAGACCCGGGUCGCCGUCAAGACGGUCAACGAGUCGGCCAGCAUGAGGGAGAGGAUCGAGUUCCUGAACGAGGCUUCUGUCAUGAAGGAGUUCAACUGUCACCACGUGGUUCGACUCCUGGGUGUGGUCUCUCAGGGCCAGCCCACCCUGGUCAUCAUGGAGCUGAUGACGAGAGGAGACCUGAAGAGUUACCUGCGAUCACUGCGGCCUAAAGAGCAACAGUGGUCCAGCCUGUCUCUUCCUCCUCUGAAGAAGAUGCUUCAGAUGGCGGGGCAGAUCGCCGACGGCAUGGCGUACCUCAACUCCAACAAGUUCGUCCACCGAGACUUGGCAGCCAGGAACUGCAUGGUGGCCGAGGACUUCACAGUUAAGAUCGGAGACUUUGGCAUGACCAGAGACAUCUACGAGACGGAUUACUACCGUAAAGGCGGCAAAGGUUUGCUCCCCGUCCGCUGGAUGUCGCCCGAGUCCCUGAAGGACGGCGUCUUCACCACCAACUCGGAUGUCUGGUCGUUUGGAGUUGUGCUGUGGGAGAUCGCCACCCUGGCAGAGCAGCCGUACCAAGGGCUGUCCAACGAACAAGUGCUCCGCUUCGUCAUGGAGGGGGGGCUGCUGGAGAAGCCGCAGAACUGCCCCGACAUGCUGUUUGAGCUGAUGCGAAUGUGCUGGCAGUACAAUCCUAAGAUGCGUCCGUCCUUCGUGGAAAUCAUCGGCAGCGUGAAGGAUGAGCUCGACCCGUCUUUCAAAGAGGUCAGUUUCUAUUACAGCGCCGACAACAAGCCCGCCGAGGCCUCGCAGCUCCACCCGGACAAGCUGGAGCCCUCAGAGGACGCCCCCCUGGACCCCCAGACCCCCCAGCAGACCCCUCCGUCGCCCGGCUCAGAGGGCCUGCCGGCCUCCUCGCUGGCCCCCAGCCCCCUCUCAUCCCCGUGCACGUCGAGCACCGUCAUGGACAAGCAGCCCUCCAGCCAGCAGGCGGCCAAUGGGCUCUCGGGGGCGGGCCUUCCGGCGGCGUCCGCCGGCUCAAGCGUCACACUUCGGCCUUCUCUGGACGAACUGCCUCCCUACGCUCACAUGAACGGAGGGCGCAAAAACGAGCGUGCCAUGCCACUCCCACAGUCCUCAGCCUGCUGAUGUGCCCCCCAUCAGACUGCAUCCUCCCCCGCCACAACCGGAAGAGUCCACGUCUCCAUGGCAACGAUUAUGGUGUCACAGCAAGAGCUUCUUCAUCAGAUUUCACAUGGAUCUGCUGUAGCUCCAAACAUCUCUUUAGUUUCACUUCCUCCCAACAGCGGGGGGCGCUAGACGCUGCUUCUGCUGCUGCUGGGCGGGAAAACCAAAAAUCUGAAGGAACUGCUAAAGGAUCAUUAUCCCUGGGGGAGCGCUUUCUCUUUCUUCAUGGCUAAACUUAUUUUAUAAGAAAAAAAAUGUUGUUUGUUACGUUUUUUACUUGUUUCCAAAUAACUAAACAGAAAACGUGGGCCUUUACAAACCAUCCGGUUCACUUUUGGAACGGGCAUUACAGAGAAAGCAUAUCUAUAGAAGGUGAAGCACUUCCGUCAUGCGGCGCCACUUCCUGUCCAACAACCAGAGGGAGGGAACGGUCAGCUCUGCCAAAUUAAUUGCCAAAAUUUCUACUGUUUUCAGAUUCUCUUUUACUCUCCAGCGUUGUAAGAAUAGACGCAAAAAACCCACAAAGCACUUUCAUCUGCCAAUUUCCACCAGGCUGCAAUCGGAGGGGGGGGCGUUUUUGUUUCUGCACGCCCCCCCCCCGCGUUACAACCUAGAACCUGCAGCUUUUUCCGUCUGAUCGCAACAUUUUGAGCCACACCUCCUCACAGACUGCAGCUCGGUCGCAGGUAAACCGCCGAGCGCUGCUGAUUCAGAAUUUUAUGAAAACGAGAACUCCAGAAGAAGAACGGCGAGGAGGACCCCCACCGCCGCCGCCGCGGUUCUCUUCAGAGACACUCAUGCACACAAGAACAGGUAUUUUUUUAAAACAUGUCCAUACUCCUCAAAAGUCACGGCUUCUACAUGUGGGCGGAGCAUUUAUGUACAUAAAAGUUGUUUGUCACUUUUCUAAGUUUUAUACAGUUGAAGAUUUUCAUCAUCUUACAGAAAGAAGCUGCUAUUCUGUAUUUCUCUUGUGGUUGUACUAUAGUCUAUAUCUAUAUAUAAAAGAGAAAAGACGACUCCUUCAGGUUGGAUUCAGAACAUUUCCACUGCGGUUCGUUUUCUAAUGCUCGUUGUUGUGUGAAGUGGAUCUGAGCUGGUUUUGUUUCUGCGGGGGAAAAGGUACGACAAUUUUGCCUUAUUAUUUGGAGCGCCAGUAACUUCCCAGCACCUGGUUGACGUUCUCCUUUUGUGUUUGUUCUUUGUUUGGGGAGGGGGCUUUGACAUUUAAUAUUUUUUUUGAAGGUUUGGACAAGACCUCAUCGGUCUGUUUAGAUCUCUAGUCCCAGCCAAAUCUCAGGUCACAGAGAAAUUCAAGUCUUUUUGCUCUUUUUUGGGGGGUGUUUAGCUCAUCCUGACUCCAUUUUUUUUCUUAUUAAAUUGAGCAAUCACUGAUCAAAUGUGUUGUUUGCUACCACAGUCUCUCCAGCUUUAUUUUGCCUUUAUGGAACCCAAAAACUGACAAAAAGUAGAAAUUAAUCUCAAUACAUCUUUUUAAAUUAGUUAAAAUUAGUUCAAGUAAUCCUGCAGGAUCCUCUUUGUCAUUUGUUCUUGUUUUCAUUUCCUGCUAGCUAACUUAAGCUAACUUUAGCCAUAAAAAUAACACCAGCCAAUCUCAUUCAAACUCGUACUGCAUACUGCCAUGACUGGAGUUAGAAUAUUGGAUCACAUCCCAACAUACCAACAAAGCUUUCUUUGUAACAGAGUUUAAGCUAGCAGAAAAAUGCUAACCGCUACUGCUAGCUAGAUUGAAGCUAAUACUACCAAGAAAACUUAGGAGUAAUAUGUAUUUUCUCAACAAAUCCACUAAAUUAUUUGCUGUUAAAUUCACCUAAAAUGGUUAGAAGACUCAAUUUCUUUUCGGAAGCAUUUAUUUUUUGGACUUUUAGCUAGCCACAUAGCAUGCUAACUGGCUAAAAUGAUACAUUUUUUAUUUUUAAAGGCUGAUUAAAUUUAAAUAUGUGUUGUAAACUUUUACAUUAUUCAUCAAUACUCCUGAUUGUUAAAAAAAACUUAUUCUAAUAAGAAACUGGAAAUUGAAAAUACCUGGUUAUUCUAAAAAGCUACAAAGUUCAUCAAGUUAUAAGUUUUUGUCGAAUAUGAGCACAGUUCAUUACAUGAAACAGGAACAAUGUAAGUUAAAUCUCAAAAUGAGGAAAACUGGAUAUAAAAUAAUGAAAAGUGAAUUAGGCGUUACAUCCUUAAAUUUAAUAUUUAGAUCCCUGACGUAUGUCCUUUUUACUACUUUUUGUCAGUUUAAGUGUUCUAAAGUUUCCAAUGUUAGUUUCCUAUAGAUCUUUUCAUUUGUCUGUAUAUUAAAGUAAUAGUUAUUUUGAAGAAUUAAGAUUUCCUGAAAGAAAAAGAAAUCACUGGAGGGACAAACUUCCGAGGAAGAUCAAAGAACUAUGUGUAAGUUUUGAUAGAAGUCUAGUGUAGAAGUGGAUCAAAUUUAAGUUUAAACUGGUCAGAGAAGACCACAUCAGUAAGAUUUAUUUGCAUCAAAAGGUACAUUAAGAUUCCCAGGCUUGGUGUUUGUUCACUAUUUAUUUUAUUUUCUUGAGAAGUGUGAAUCACUGUACAAAUCUCCCUAUUUCCUGUAAUAUUUUAUGUUUUUUUUGGUUAAUUUGAGAGAAAGUAUAAGUUGUUAUUCCUUCAACCAUCCAUCUACCUCACUGGUUUUUUUAUUUUUCAAACUUUUUACAAGUUUAAAGAACAUCUCAUCUGUUGUGCGGCUGUUUGGACAAUCUGAUUGGGUGUUGUUUUACACGGUCAAAUUCAAACCACAAACCAUUCUGGGAUGGGGUGGGGAAACAUGAUUUCAAGAGGGCGAUCGACUCUUUAAUUAUAUAACUUUCCUGUUGAAUUUAUCUUCAAAUCUUGUGAUUUUUUUCUGUAACAUGAGGACAUGUAUACCAUGAUUAAAAGCUGUAUCUGUUGGGUUUUUCUUUGGAUGUCCGUACUCUCAAGGACCAAAAUCUGCAUCUUUGGAGCUUUAAUUCGAUAAUCAAGAAAGCUUCUCCCGUCACUGCCUUCUGUUACCUUCCAGAGGCUCCAGUCACAUGAUGAUGCUCAUUUACAAACUUUAAGAGUCUCACUAUGAAUUAUGUUCAUCAAAUCGAACAACUUCCUUUCUUUUCCCUGAACUGUUUUUUUUUUCACCACCAGAACAAAACAUUUCUGACUGUUUGCUGUUAGAGGUUUGUUCACUCCGGUUACAGUCCCUGUUUUCCUGUUAUGAGCCUUCAUGUCUUAACAGAGCAGUUAGUUGUUGGAUGAGGAGUCUCACUCGUCAGAGUUCAACCACAGCAGACCAUUCCUGGGGUUUGGGUGGGCAUUUCAGUGUUUGUGGUCUGAUUUUUGCCUCAUUUACCACUGAAACACCUGUUAGAGCCGUCAAUGAGAACAUGAACGCUUUUGUUUUUCACUUUUUCUAUCUUCUUUUGUUCGUUAUAUUGACGGUCAAUAUAUUUUGAAAUGUAUAAAUUAUUCAUAGCCUUCCAAGUCUUACAUUUCUGUUGAAAUGAUGUGUUAGGCUGAGGUUUCAUUUUGAUUUUUUUUCUUUUGUACAUGCUGUUGUAAGAUUUUUCCUGUUAUGAAUAUAUACUGAGAAACCAGGAAAAAUGACUGGCUGAAAGAAAAGAGAAUGUCUAUUUCUCUUUGUUUCUUUUUUCUACACAGAUUUAAGAUGAAUAAAAAUGUAUGCAAACUGUU